AUGGGUGCUUUUGGAAACAUGGACCUUGGCUCUGCCUUUGGCAUUGUACUCGGAUGUCUAAUUGCGUUAUCUUUCCUUGCUGGACUUGUAAAGGUUCUUGUUAAUAGAAGAAGACUUGCACAUCAUGUCAAACUCGAUGCGAUUAAGGCCAAAGAGAAAGGUGGCGACAAGGAAAUGAUCAACCAGAGGGUACUUGACGAGGGUGAUCUCUUUGGUGUGAGGGCGCUCGAAGGUGGUUACUUUGGUGGUGUAUCGCAGUCACGACCAAGCUCUCCAUCUCCUUCCUAUGUCCUCGCACCACAGACCGUUGUGACGGAUUGGAGCAAUACCAACAAUCAACCCGGGAACUUAUCUACUUCGAGCAGCCAAACUGAUCUUCAUAGUGCUGGAGUCUCAACCCCAAAGAAGGGUCAUAAGCCAUCGCCUCUCCGUCUGCACGAGGAGAAAGGUGGAAUCAUUGGAGUGGAAGUUGUUCGACCUCCACUGAGCCCAAGCGCAUCCUCUGUCGGGGGUAAGGGAGGGGCUUAUAUGCCACCAACUGGAAAACUUUCGCCAAAGGGAAUUGAACCUGCUGCGCAGAAAGCGGGCUGGGUUUCUCCUCUAGAUGUCCAUUUCAGUAAACCACAAACACCAACGUCGCCAUCAACACCAAAUAUCCCCAGACCACAUUCAUACUUGCCGAGGAUGAACUUUCCGGUAGAAAAGAAACAACCCAAUUCAGAAGUCGGAUCAAUAAUUGGAAGUGAAAUCUCUCAAUACACCACGAAGUCAGAUUCCAAAGGCACUACGGCGGCUGUUGAGGUUCAUUCUCCUACUCGAGGACCGGAUUCCAUAUCGGAUACAGCAUACCACCCAUACAUCCCUUCCCGAGGAGGGCGUGAAACUUCGCGAUCUAUAUUUCCAGCACAUGAAAACAGGGACCGUAGCUCAUCUCGAUCACGUGGCGUCAAGAAUGGAUUAAGUUCUAGAUCUCCAACAAACCCCGUAACUCGGUCUCCACCCGUUCCAUUGACACCUCCACGGUCUGGUAGCUCCAUGGGCUCUGGGGAACAGAGGCCAGAAGACGAUGAGCAAGCCGUGAUUCGAGAUUCGGCUACAAAACGACAGAGAGUGUCCGUUUCACAUCGGAGUGAACCGUCUCAGGAGAAUAUCACCUCGCCGAAGCAGGCCUCUAUUAUCGCUCCACAAGCCGUUUAUCAGAACCCGUUUCUUAAUCGUAUAGCUGGUAGUAGUGAAAGUAUCGCACAGGCUCCAAGAAAAUCCCGAAGUCGUUCCACAUCGGUUUCGACAACACGUUCGUCAACCUCGCUAUCUCGCACUCGAGACUCAAUUCGACGAUCUUCCCCAGCUCACAUCCGCAAAUCAUCCGCCGAGCGCUUCAACAGACAUAGUCGUGACCGCGAUCAACUACAUUACGACCCAACUUCUCACCACCGGUCUCGUGCUGGUUCAGUCCAAGGUCGUGCGGUAGACUUUGAUCACCCCCGCGAAUCUCCUUUCUCUAAUUCCAACGCUAUCACAACUAAUUCGGCGAAUCACUCCAUCGCUUCUUCUGUUUCCUCCUUCGAAUCAGCAAAGCAACAUAACGUUCAAGGUUUAGAGCAACGCUCAUUCCCAGCACAGCAAGUACGACCACAAGGACCAACUCAUCUUGCUGCACCUGGACGCGGUCGCUCAGAGUCUGAAGGCAGUCAAGCAUCCAUCUCAGACUUCUACGAUUCUUACUAUCGCCAAUCAGUCGUUCCACCAACUGUUUCUUCCUACAAUACUGCCAUUUCUACCCGUCGAGACUCGGCAACCAUUGAACAAUCCAACCCACACAUGUCUUUGUUAAGCAACAAUAAUUCGCCCUACCCCAUGAUAAUGCCUUCAAACCCUCAGGGAAACUCUUCACAGGCUCCAACGCCACCACCUCGUUCCACACGACGACGAUCUUCUACAACAUCUCAAUCGUCAAGUGAAGGAAACCAAAGCACUAUAAACCCCGGAUUCGACUUCACAACCGGAAGGAAAGGACCGCCGUUACCGCUGAGUCUACGUCCGUUAAAUGUAGGCGAGACGAUCAUUGAGAUGCCGACUCCACAUUCUGGACCUUCGAGUGCGGUAAGGACACCGAGGAAGUCAGCCCAAGAUCAGUUUCCUGCUCGAGUUUAG